UCAGAUAAGCGGCCAUGCAUGUGACGCUGUAGCGAGUGGGGGAGUCGUACAGUGAGAGUGGGCGGGGACAUCGCAGCUGAGCAACAUGUCACCGACAUGAAGGACGGAAACCGGUGUUAGCGAGCCCGACCUCCGCCGCCGACCGGGAUGGACUUCGUGUUGGGCGGCGCGGCGGCCUGCGGAGCGUGCCUCUUCACCAACCCGCUGGAGGUCGUCAAGACGCGGAUGCAACUUCAGGGUGAGCUGAAGAGCCGCGGCUCCUACCAGGUUUACUAUCGCAACGUUUUCCACGCUUUCUACACCAUCGGUAAAGUGGACGGACUCGCCGGCUUGCAGAAAGGGCUGGUCCCCGGGCUGUUCUACCAGUUCUUCAUGAACGGGGUCCGGCUCGGCUCCUACGCCAUCAUCGAGUCUGCAGGUUACAUCCACACCGACGGGAGGGUCAGCGCCGUGAAAACCACGUUAGCGGGAGCGUGCGCCGGGGUGGUGGGCGCCGUCAUGGGAAGCCCCGUGUACCUGGUGAAGACACACCUGCAGAGUCAGUCUACCUCCUCCAUUGCAGUGGGACAUCAGCACAGACACGAGGGGAUGAUCCACGCUCUCAAAGUCAUCUACAGGCAGCAUGGCAUGCUGGGAUUGUGGAGGGGCUCCAGUGCUGCUAUACCAAGGGUCAGCAUAGGCUCUGCAACCCAGCUCUCAACUUUCUCCUCCUCUAAGGAGCUAGUCGUCGACCUGAAGGUUUUCCCGCGGGACAGCUGGUUGGUGCCUCUAAGUGCCGGCAUGAUCAGCAGCGUGAUGGUGGUGCUGGCAAUGACGCCUUUCGAUGUGGUUAGCACGCGACUCUACAACCAGCCUGUCGACCAUAUGGGAAAAGGGCAGCUUUACAAAGGAUUCAGUGACUGCCUCUCCAAGACUCUGAAAAAGGAGGGCCUCAUUGGACUCUACAAAGGCCUGGGAGCCUCUUAUUUCCGACUCGGCCCACACACCAUUCUGUCCCUGUUCUUCUGGGAUGAGCUGCGCAAAUUGUACCGGAAGCUCAGAUGACAUCAUCGAAACCAGAAAAAAAAGGGUAACUCAUUAUGCAGAGGUGAAAUGAAUCUUCAUUCAACGAGGCAGAGGAAAAACUAGAUGAUCUGUUUGCUUAUUUUUACUGAGAAGAAGCAAAGGUUACUUUUAACACUCCAUUGAGAAAACACAUUCAACUUGAAAUAUGCAAUUAGGUCUGAAAAUUCACCCAGAAGUUUAAUUAUUAAUGAAACCGUCUUGAUUUGUCUCAUUGCUAUGUGUGCACAGACAGCAUGUCAAACACAUCUACCCCUUAUGACUCUAAUUACAUCAUUCCAAAGCAUUUAAAAUCUGCACUUUAUACGUUACGGAGAAAGCGUCACAUGAGUCUAUGUUGCAGCCAAAGCAUGUCUACGGCCUGAGGAGACCUGUGAUCCCAUCGCGACCUGAGUUUGACCCCGUCUGACUCACAGUGUAAUGUCGACACAGUGUACUGCUUUAAUUGCUGAGGGAAAAUCUCUCCUCAGUGCAAGUUCUGCUUGAAUUUCUCAAAUUAGUUUCUGAAGAGUUCGUGAUGAAGUGAAAAUAAAGAAUUAUUUUACGUGGUCAAAUAAAAGAGAAACUUUCAUAGAAACUGGAGGCUAAACUCUGAUUUGUUUCAGGAUUGUUAGUGGGGGGGGGAAAAAUCACAGAAAAGUCCUUUGAAGUGUCCAGAGUGGGAGAAGUAAAACGGAUCCAGUGCUGAUUCAGGGAAAUUUUUAAAACGGGACCUGAAACUAAAAGAAAUGUAUCUUCCCUUUUUCCAUUCUCAGAGUGCUGUGUGACGGGCUACACAGAUUUCACUGAGGCGGAAAGCCAAGACUUGUUUUAAUGACAGAAAGGACCAAGAGUUGUAAAAACUCUAAAAGAAACAAAAGUUCCCUGAAAAAAUGUCUGAAUAUUUUAGGUGAUUGAGAGAUACAGGCUAAGUUUUUAUGUCUGCGUCAUGCAGCAUCAGUAUUUAUUAUGCAGUACUUCACAAAAACAGAAGCACAUGUUAUGUUUAGGCUCAUUUUAGAAAUAUAUCCUGAAAAUUUGAAUUCAACAGAACAAGUAGUUACAUGUUUUCAUUAGUCGGGUUCAGUUUUUAUCUAAUUGUCCAGUUAUCUAUCACUGGUGUGGCCUACUUUUAAAGAAUUAAAUUAUUCUUUAAAAUAUGAGAUUUUAUUCAUUGAUGUUAGUAUAACAGGCAUCUGUUGGUGAUUUUAAUUUUUUUUUUCUUUGUAGCAGAUCAAGUACAGGUGUUUAUGAUGUAGCCUGACUUUUAAUAAUGUGAAUUUAUAACAGCUGUGAACACAUUGCAUGUUUGUUAACCAUCACCCUGAGCACUCAGCAUGUUAUUAUAUUCAGUUAAGUUUAGGGUGAGUUCAGUCAGGAAGUCGGUGAACUGGAACAAAGUUACAGUUUAGUUUCAGGUUCUCAAAUUGCCAAUGCUGAUGAAUGAACUUUUAUGAGUGAAUUCUUGUUUUCAUAAUCAGAGAUUGAUUUGCAUUUUAGAGUAAAACCUUUUUCUGGGGAUGGAAUUUUUUUUUUGUUACAAUUUUCCCAGAUUUCCAGCAAUUGUGCUGAGUACUUCAAAAAUGCCUGAACACAUACAAGUGAGGAGACUGAUUUUUGUUACUCUGAAGGCAUAUUUAAUAUGAUGCAGUCAUAAUUUUUGUGCCUUAAAAUUUCAUCCAGGGCAUAAAUGACCAUCCAUUCACAGGAGGGCUGACAUUUCACUUUGGGCUGUUUCAGUUUUUUUUUUUGUUACAGAUUAAAUAACAGCUACAAAUUUAGCAACAUUUUAAAACAAAAGUUUUGUUAAGCUGUCAUUCACGGACCUCUAUUAUUCAUCCCUGACAAGUAUCAGUCUGUUUCACUGCCUUCAGUAGAUCUAUGUCAUCAGAACAACUGGAGCAUUCUCGGUUUCAGAAGGUUUCCAAAGCUGAUGUCUCAUCUGUCAGGCAGAUUUGAUGCUUUCUUAUAAUAACAUGAAGGUUCCACCUAAAAGUAGGGGUAGCCGAUAAAUCAGACAGCCAACAUAAUCUUUUCUACCUCAGCAAAAGACAAAAAUACAGCCUGUUUUCUGCUGCGCUGCUGUGAGACCUGCCUGUCAGGCCUUUUAAAGAUCGGCGAUCGGCCAGGAAACUGCAACCAGUGCACCUCUAGCUCCAAGAGUCAUAAAUGAACUGUGUUUGAAAAGCCUUCAGCAUGCAAGCGCUUUGUGAUUUCCCUCUUUGUGUGCGUAAAGGAAGCAGGAGGUAGAGUGAGAUUUGUCGAAGUAAAUUCGAUUUUUUGCCAUUUUCUCCACUUUUAAAAAGUUGCUUGGCUAUCUCACACAGGGCUUUUUUGAGACUAUGAAUGAUUCCCUUUGAGGGCUUUUAUAUAUGUUUGACAAUGUAUUCAUAUUUUGUUUAGCAGAGUUGCGUAAAUGAAGACUAGUACACACCUUUUAAAGACGAUAUGAAAGAGUAUUUGCAAAACUUGCAGCAUUUCUGACCAGAAAGGAUCACAGUCUAACAUAUUAUAUCUAUGUUGCAUUAAAAAAUACACCGAGCUUUUAUUAAGAGUAUGCUGACAAAUGUCAGCAAAUCAUAACAGGCCAUAUUGCCGAGAGCAAUAUCCAAAAAUUCAGCGUAAAAAUGUAUAAAAACCUUAUAAUUUAGGUUCACCUCAUUACUAAUUGGCAGCAGUAUUUCUCUGGAAUAAAUAAUGCUAGUCGUUAGGCUUUGUACGAAUCUUUGUCAAUGAUACAAACAAAUAUAGAGGUUGCUCUUCAUAAUGCCGAGCUGUUUUGGUUUUAAUGUUGUAGAUGCAGUCUUGAGUACUAUAAUCCAGCGUCCUAAUCCUUAAUCCCCAUCGUGAAUGUCUGCUUGAUCUCGAUUGUGGUUGUCUAAAAAUACACAUUGCACCAGUGGAGGAAGAGUGGGUGAAGAAGGUCAAAAUGAACCUCUAUAAAAUCUAAUAAGCAGCUGCUCUGAACCUUCAAUCAAGAAGUCAGGAUAUUGUCCCAACUUGCCUAAAAAAGAGCAAAUGUUUCUCUUUUAAGGGACUUUGUCUGUUUUAGGAUCUUCAAACAUGACAUAAACACUGCGAAGACAUAACAAGACUUCAUUCGCUCAAAGCGAUUCUUGGUCUGAAACAUAUUCAUUCAUAUGAAAGAUGCGUUUCAUGCAAUGAAGACAAAGCUGAGGCUUUUUUUCAGUCAAUGUGUAACAACAGACUUGUUUGUUUUCUCUUGAUGAUGGACAUGUAGAGCAAAUAAAGGAUUUUUAUAUUGA